AACAACAAAAAGCAGAGAAAAAAAUAAAAACCAAUAUGCGGCCGGCCUUCAUGGCAGAAUAUUAACCCAGAGCCGAGCAUCGACGUCGCUGCUUCUGCCUCGUCUGAUGCCCGCUGCCGCUGUCGCUGCUGCUGCUGCUGCUUCUCUCUCAGCUGUUUGAGGCCAAAAACAAUAAAUGGAGAUAAAUCAGUUAUAGUUAAGCCAACAAAAUUAACGAACGAACACAAAAAAGGCAAAAAAUAAAAAGUAUAUCGUAAAACGGAAUCGAUGCCAAAGCUAACAAAUAACAAAAAACAACAACUUGUUGUUGUAUUUGUUUUUAAUCAGUUUUGUCUUUCAUUUAAACAAUAAAUAAAACAGCAAAAUCAAUAUUCAAAUUAGACAGCAGCCUCACUCAAACACAACAACAACAAAACGUCAUCAAUUCGAUAAGUUUGGACGAUAACCUGACGAGAGAGAGAGAGAGAGCAAGACCGAAGGAUAGCGGGAGAGUGUGAGAGAGCAGCAUCCACCCACAGCUAGAUACAUACUAGCCCUUUGCACCCCCCACACAUACAUAUACAUACACACACACGAACGUGCUCAUCAUCAUCGUCAUCAACAACGUUGUUGUUGUUGUCAUCGUCAACAGGAUGGGACGUCGCACAUAUCUAAAUCGAUCCUAUGCCAUAUCCUAUCCCAGUCGCAUUGAGGGCUGGCUUGAUGUAUGCGAAACGGAAGGCGAAUUGACACGUCUAAUUAAAACAUUACCAUGGGGCCCACUCUAUUGUGUCCUUCAGCAGGACGAUCAAACAUUCACAGCCUACUGCAGUGAGGAGAUAUCGAUAUUCCCGGCUACACCUAAAAAAGAGCUGGGCGAUGUUUGCUAUGAGGAUAUACCACGCGUUCGUCUCGAUCGUGUACGUCGUCCGGCCAAAGCUCUCUGGGAUGGUCCACCCACCUUGGCUGAGGAGAAUGAAGAUUCCGAUGGCGGUGGCGGUGUCGGUGUCGGAGGUGGCAUUAGUGGAAUGAGCGGCAUCAAUGAUAUUGUUCUAAAUACAACACUCUACAAUGAUCUAGGUAAGCUUAAUAUUUAG